CGUUACGUUAGAAGUUGUUUGUUUACGUUUUAUUUUUAUUUAUCAAAACAGAUUUGAACUGAUUAAAUAAUUACUACUGUACUGUACUUCGAGAUGUUGAGGAAACUCCGUUCGUCCAUUUAAUCUCUAACUUAGUGUUUCGUAGCUUCCUUCUUUUAAUCUACAAAUAUAUUUAGUAAACAUGAUUAUUUAUGCUUUAAUAGUCAGGACGAAAGAUGGAAUGGCUCUCUCUGCAACCACCGAUUUUAAUGAUGAAGUCAACAAAUCGAUCAAAGAAAGUAAAAGAUACGUAAAAUUACUAGCGAAAAAGGCAUCAACACUUCCCGACAGAUGCACUUUAUAUUUAAGCCUUCAUUCUGUGCACUUCAUAUCAGCUCUAGGUGUAACAUACCUUGCGCUAUGUGAUUCAUCCUACCCGACUGUUCUGGCCUUCAGUUUUCUCAGCGAGCUGAUGAGAGAUUUCAUCACUAAAUAUGAGACUGUACGCAUCAACAUGGCUCGCAGGCCCUACUCAUUUAUAGAAUUUGACAACUUCAUACACAAGACAAGGCAGAGGUACAACAAGCCGCAGAGUCUGACAACGAGAGUAAACUUGGCUGAACUUAGCGAAGAAAUGAAACUGAGGGCUCCACACUUGCUCAACAUUGCGGACAUUGAACCUGUAAAAAAUGGCUACCGCAGCUACAACAUUCCACAGCCAGCCGUGGGUCCACCGCCGCGGCUAGAGCCUUUAUCUUGGUUUGCUACGUUUGUAGUCUCCCAAGCCUGCAUACUCUCAGCAUUAGGGAUCUAUAGAAGUUUGAAGGCUCUUUCGGAAUCUUCAUUAGAGGAAUAUGAUGGACCAAGCCCCUUUCACGGAUUCAUUUUCCUCCUAGAAAGCUGUUUGAGAAUAUUUCAGGUAUUCCUAAUCCUACAACAGUCGAGGUAUCGCCUGCCGCUGAGCUGGACCAGUCUGGCACUGCUGGCUGUUUGUGCGUGGCUUGUGUGGGAGCUGCGAGAUGAGUGGCAAUGUUCUGUGUUUCUAGCCAGCGCUGUGUUGUGUCACGUCGCUGUCUCCCGACGAAGAAUACGCAUCAAACUACCCGACUACAACGUCUGACACAACCUCUUCCUCUAGAUACAAGAAAAUCACACUGCAGAAAAUUGGGAUUCAGAACAGGACAAAAUAUUUUAAGGUGUUAAAAAAUCUGUGGUUUGUAUUCAAACUAUAGGCUACUUGACCAAUCAUUAUAUAAUUUCAUAUUGGUUCAGAUGUAAAAAAAAUCUCCAAAAACCUCUGACAUGCUGUGAUAGUUAUUUGAAGAGGAAAUAUUAUUUUCCUACAGUCACCCGACAAAGUUGGCUUCCUUGUACUGUUUAUAGUACAGAAAGCUGCUAAUUGCUGCAUACUUAUACUUUGUCGUACGGUUUAUACUUUGGCGCACAUCAGGAUUCCAACAAAACAACACAAAACAGCGUGGUUCUAUUAUGCACAUAAUCCUUGUACGCUUGGAAAUAGGUUGGCAACACUUAAAGAUAAUAAUACUAUGAGCAGCUGAUUUGACUUUUAUAACUACGAUUUAACCUGUCAUUU